UUGACUUUUUUUUUUUUUUGUUCUUUCUACAAAGAUGCUUUUAGACACAGUCAAACCCUGGUCUUUCUGCCUGUGAUUCUCCCUUCUUCUUCUUCUUCUUUGCUCCCCGCACUUUCCCAAUAGCUACACACAACAACACACUCACACACUCACCAGUCACCACCGACAUCAUGUCCGAUUCGAAGGUCGAAACCAUCGCCAGAUUAGCCCAAUGGAAAAUCGACAACUUCGGACCCUGCUCCUUCAAGAGAUCAGAUCCUUUCAAGCUCGGAAUUUGGAACUGGUUCAUGUCCAUAGAGAGGAACAGGUACCUCUACAUACACAUCUUUCCAGAGCCUUCUCGGCUUUCUAAGGAACAGCCACCCGUGGCGCGCUUCAUCCUGCGAGUCUCCAAUAGCUCUGGCCCUACCCGCAAAGUUUACAUUUCCCCUGUUCAUGAAAGGGUUCUUCGGACAAGUGAGGACUUUGUCUGGCCUGUUGAUACUGCAUUCCUUGGUCGCUUCGUUAUUGAUAUUGAGUUUCUUGACUUGAGGACCUGCCCUGUGAAUGGUGAAACCAGAUCUGUUUGGCCAUCUGAUGGAAAACUGCAAACUGUUGCAGCUCAAAGCACUCUUCGAUGCCUGUCUCACAUGCUUGAUGAGGCUAUACAUGCUGACCUCACCAUUAUCACCGCAGAUGGUACUCUGAGGGCUCAUAAGGCAGUUUUAUCUGCUAGUUCUACUGUGUUGCAUAGCUUGUAUCUUGACAAUGGUGAUGAAAAAGAGACAUCUACUAUCAACAUGGAAGAUAUGUCUCAAGAGUCCUGCAUGGCCCUUCUGAGUUACUUGUACGGCACUAUAAAACAAGAAGAUUUCUGGAAACACAGGCUUGCAUUGCUUGGAGCAGCCGAUAAAUACGAGAUUGGAGAUCUUAAAGAUGCCUGUGAGGAAAGCCUACUGGAAGAUCUUAACUCGGGAAAUGUUCUGGAUAGGUUAAAUGAUGCUUGGCUUUACCAGUUGCAAGCGUUAAAGAAAGGAUGUUUCUCAUACUUAUUUUAUUAUGGUAAGAUUUAUGAUGUUAGAGACGAAAUGGAUACCUUUUUCCGACAUGCAGAUAGGGAGCUAAUGCUGGAGAUGUUUCAGGAAGUGCUUACAAUUUCGAAAUAGGUUGCCAUGAAACUCUUAGCACCCUUGUAUCUUGCAAAUGAUGGAUCCUUUUGUGCAAUCAUGUUUUUUUACUUUACAUAUAGUACCAUGUUAUAUUAUGAUGAAGAUAAUACCAAUCUGGCCUCUUCAACAACCUAGUGGUUAAAUUGUCAAGUGAGGGAGUACAUUGCUUUGUAUAUAAUGGCAGGUUGAGUUUGAUUGGUGUUUCUAUUUCGGCUUUGUUCUUAAAUCAAUGUCCCGUCUUGGUGGGCAUUAUCACUUGUUAUGCUAAAAGAGGACCCAACUAUGGCUCCAAAGUUUGAACACUCAAGCUAACAUGAUCAGAUUGCUGUUGAAGAAAAGGGAAAUACAUGUUUAGGAAGUUAUGUACUGCUGAUAUCAAGGAAUGAAGAUUAACGGGCAAAUGGUCUGCAAGGAAGAGACACCAAAAAAUAAGAAUGUUUAGUUUACCUAUCCCUUCUUGUUUAGUUGUUUCUUUUACUUGCAAUGCCUUGUA